UUUUUCUUUGUCUACCACAAAGUUACGGCCGUAUUACGCUAUAUAGCGGCCCAACCGCAGUGUUUCAGUUGAGUUUUAUUGCGGUACGGCUGGAGAAGCAGUUCAGCCGGACUGUGGGGUACCGGUGUACAGCAGCGGACUGAGAGCGGAGGGAGUUGCGGUUACUAACACUUGUGUGGAGCGGCGUGGCCGGGCUUCGUGUGUUGGUGGAACUCGUACGGCGUCCUGAACUUCAGGUCAUGCGAGGACUGCGUUGUCGCCCGCUGUGAGUGCUGGGACUGCUGCGUUUCACCGGAGAACUUCGUGAACCGUGAGUGCUGUUGUCAUGGUUACCGGAGACGCCACCUCAUGACCAGCAAUCUUCUCGACUGAGAUGGCUUCUUCUGCUGCUUCUUCUUCUGCUGCUUCUUCUUCUGCUGCUGCUUCUGCUGAGCAACCUCGCAGUAGGAACUUUCUCCUGUGUCCUAUUUGCAAGAAGACUCAUUGGAGCCUUCCAGUUCACCUCAGACGAUCCUGCAUGAGGACCUCGUCAGAAGCUGACAUUCUGGCUGUGGUGGAAUCUGCCAAGAGAGCUGUCAGCAAUCUGUUGCGCACUGGUCGUGUCUGGGAGUACUCUCUCCUCAGCAGGAUCAUGCAGAGCCCUGAUACUAUUGGCAGGAUGAUCGAGGAGCUGGAGAGCAGAGGAAACGCUGUGGUUGGCAUCCCAACUGAAGCCCCGACUGCUGCUGUUCCAGCUGUUCCUGAUGUUCCUGUCGAGGCUCCGGCUGAGUCCAGCUCAGAAAGCUCUGGGGAACUCUAUCAGUGCCCUGAUACAACCAAGCAGGGAACUUCCCUUAGGGAGAGGAUGGCAAGUUUGGGCUACUACAAGAAGCACUCGCUAGACCAUGAUCUCCUUGUCAGCUUCGCAAAGUUUCUACAGUUUGACAUGUCGAACGAAAACUUCAAACAGGAGGUGGAGAAUGUUGCAAGGUUCCUGUACUUCAUGGACCCUCAGCAGGCCAGUCUCCUGUUUGUGCGACAGCAUGAGAAGUCCCGAGAGUAUUUCCUCAAGCUCUCAGAGGCCGGACUCAGCAAGCAGACGGUACAGAAUUACAUCAAGAGUGUUAAAAGGUUCUUGAAGUUCCACACGGGCAGCACUGACCUGUGCUUCACGGACAGAGUUCUGCACGAGGACUGCAAGAACUACAUCUCAUUCCUGGACAACAUCCAGAUGGCAACUUCAAAACAAGUCAGCAAGGAGACGACCAGGAAGAGAUUCGACACCUUCCAGGAGGGUGUUCUCUCUUCAACGCAGGUCACUGCCGUGCUGGCCGCUGCCAAGAAAGACUUCCUGGCUGUCAUUGGGAAGCUGCAUGCGGGAGAGUGCUCUCCAGGCCAUCAGCUGACCCUGACAGAGUUGCAGCUGGUCCUCUAUUACCUAGAGGCCAUUGUGAUUCUGGAGCAUGCCCAGCGGCCUGGAGUUGUUGAGCACAUGACUGUCACGGAAUGGAUCAGCCGAAGGAGAGAUGACACUCGUCCUGGUUUCGUUGUGGUUUCCACUCAGGUGGCCACCUUUGUUCUUACCCAGGAACAGGAGAUGUGGUUCGAUCUCUACUUCUCGGAGGUGCGCCCAGUCAUGCUGGGAAAAAAGAGGAAGCGCGUUGAGGAUGACGAUGAGACUGAUGAGAGGUUCUUCAUUUCCUCCACUGGCAAAGCCAUCUACAACGCCUCCAAUGACCUGGAGCGGCUGCACAAGAAAUAUCAGGUGCCGAAGGUGACCAGCCAGAUGGCCAGACGGGCAUAUGAGACAGCAACGAAGGAGCUGUCCGAUGUCCAAAAGACGAAGGUGGCCGGCUACCUCACCCACUCUACGGCCACAGCAGAGAAGCACUACCGGAUGAAGGAGAUAGGCUCAGCGGUAGAUGCUUUCCUGAUCCUGAGGAAUCUCCGGGGUGAUUCAGAGAGUGACCAGAGCGACACACCCAGGGGUUCCUCGGCAUACCUGACCGACCAAGCUGCUUAUGACAAGUUGCUCCGGUCAUAUCCAGUGACGUUGGACGGGGUGCCACCCAACCGCUCUCAGCGAAAAUCCCUGGCAGGGGAGUAUGAACGCUACUGCUAUGACCGCUGGCGUAGCGAACAGCUCGAGCGUCGGGUGCAGCAUGUUCUUGAGCACUUUGCCCGUAGACUGCCCUCUGAGUCCAGAGUCAAGGCCUGGAUUGAGAAGCAAGGGUGGUCUGCAAACCUUCCAGAUGCUGCAUCCAUCGUUCAGCAGUGGAAGCCAUCUGGGGGCAUCGAUGUUGCAAUGGACAGUGUUGUGCUGCAGAAGUUUACAAAAUGUAAAAUAGCUGUAAAAUGACUGUAUUUGCAUUGUACUCAUCCCAACUUCUGGUUCCUGUCACCACCACUGUGUCUGGGGGCUAAGGACACACUAACAUGGUGAUUUGACCAAGACAACAUGUCUUACUUACACAGGUUAAGCAAUGACAAAAUCUGUUAAAUACACAGAAACACAGGCAGAACAAUACAUGAAACACAUAUAGAACAUUUAAUCUCACAUUUUGUGCUAAUGUAAUGAACAGUCCUAAUGCUGGUGCAUAUAACUCCCCACAAUUAACAGGGCUUUAGAGUCUGUUGGAACUCUCUCAUUAACCCAGCUAAGGUUAGCUAGUAUGCGAGGUAAAGCGAGGGCUGUUAUAUUCACCAGCAGCAGGACUGUUCACUACAUUAGCCCUCACAUUAACUUAGCUAAGGUUAGCUAUUGUGUGAGGUAAAGUGAGGGCUAAAGUAUGCUAAUGUUAGAUAACGUUAUAAUGUGUACAGGCUACAAUGAAUGUGGUUACAAAGUAAAACAAGACAAACUAAAGCUCUCAGUGUAGCUUUAAACUUUAACAAGUUGGUCGCUUCGUGCAGCUUCUGUAGAAAAACCGGCAGAAACUACAGUCGGUAGUUAGUCGGCGAGCUAACGCUAGCUAGCAGCCUCUCGGUUAGCCUGUUAGCUUAGCAGCUAGCUAACGAAGGUUAAGCAGUUUUAUAACGAACUGCACCACUAGCAAAGCUACAAAUGAUAUCAAAAUAGACCGAAUUAUGUCCCAGACACCACCUGAAAUGACUUAUGUUCGUGUGUUCAGUAAAAUGUAGUUUAAAGCCGUCAUUUAUCAGAGCAACAGGUCCUAACUUACCUCAGAACGCAGUGGCGCAAUGACGCUCUUCCAGCUGCUUUCUUCUUUUUCCAUAUUACAUCAGACGAGACACAGCACAGCUUUAUACUGCCAUCUGCUGGUGGACAUUUAACAAUGUUAAAAUUCAAAUUUAGUAUUGCCCCUAAAACAGUUUACAUAUUAGAAAAAUAAUUACACAUUAGAAAAUAAUGUUUUUACCUUAGGUCUCAUUCGUUGGUAUUGAUUUAUAUUAUACCUUACUUAUAUUUUAUUAUUUAUCAUUUUCUGAGGAUUUCUCCAUAUCGAAACCUUGUGUGCAGUACAUGUGUUUAAGGUGUUCCUUCCAGAUCA